CUGUUCUUUAAUUAGAAUGGUACCUCGUGCAUGUGAAUCGUUUUGGCUGACGCAAUAUCACCAUUUUUCAGCAUUUUGACCAUAAUCCACCUUGUAUAGAUGGCUGCUCCUGAAGAAACUGAAAGUCUUGAGCAAUUGAGUUUGGAGCUUAAGAGCAAGAAAAAGAAGAAAAAGAAAGUUGAUAUCACUAGUCUUGAAUCUGAUUUAGCUGGCCUAGCGGCUAUUCAACCACAGAAUGCGACUGGGCAUGAUGGUUUGCCUGCCACUGAUAAUAGUGACAGUGCUCCAUUAUCAUCAUCUGGUGUAACUUCAAAAGAGCCUAUGAAAGACCUGGUAAAUGAAACAGACUUAGAUCUCUACUUAAGUACAAGCAAGAAAAAGAAAAAGAAAGCUCCUAAAAUUAAUGAAUUAGUAGCUGUUGAAAGUAUAGAUCAACCUUUGCAAGUCUCAGAACCUCCAGCUCUCUCUGCUUCUGCAGUAGUUGCUCCCAAACCAUCAGAAACAUCACCAGUGUCUUAUGAUUAUUCAUUACCAUUGAAAAAAAGGAAAAGGAAAGCUGAUAUCACAUUUGAAGGAUAUCAUGAGGUAUUAGCUGAAGAAGGUGUUGAAGUUGUGAAAGAUGAUGCAAUGGAUGGAGAUGAUGACAUUGAUUUGAUGGACACAUCCUCUUGGGCUGGCUCAGAUCGUGAUUAUACCUAUGACGAGCUACUAGAGAGGGUAUUCAAUAUCAUGCGUCAAAAGAAUCCCAGUAUGGUAGAUAGGAAGACCAAAUUAGUGAUGAAGCCACCACAAGUGAUGAGGGUGGGAGCUAAGAGAACGUCCUUUGCUAAUUUUCCUGAAAUUUGUAAAUUAUUGCAUAGGCAACCUAAACAUUUACUGGCUUUCCUGCUAGCAGAGUUAGGAACAAAUGGUUCAAUUGAUGGUAAUAAUCAGCUCAUUAUUAAAGGACGGUUUCAACAGAAACAAAUUGAGACUGUACUACGACGCUACAUAAAGGAAUAUGUAACAUGUCAUACAUGUCGAUCACCUGAUACUAGCCUUCAAAGAGAGAACCGAUUAUUCUUUCUGCAGUGUGGCACUUGUGGCAGUCGCUGUACAGUUGAAAAUGUUAAGUCAGGAUUUCAGGCUGUAACCAAUAGAAGAGCAAUAAGACAACAGCAAUGAUUCAUUGUUAUUGUAAUUUUAUUUAUUAUUACUUACAUGUACAUCAGUACAUGUACUAUUGAGUUACUCUUUCCUCCCUUAUUCUCGUCUUUUUUCAUUAUUGUUAAAAUAAAAGUGGUUUUUAUCUUCAUAACAGUUUGUUUAACAUUA